AUGAUUGAGUUAAGGCAUCCAGAAACGGGUAAAAUUCUAGAGGUUGAUGAGCUUUGGCUGCGGUAUCAUUGCCGCUGUGUGGAUUGUGUGGAUGCGGAUACGAAGCAGCGACGCUAUAACCUUUUCGAUCUACCAGCUACUGUAAAGGCUUCGAAACUAAGCUAUAAGUCGGAUCAACAGUUGUUGGUGGAGUGGAGCGAUGGUCAUAAAGCCAACUACGACAUCGACAACAUCUAUAACUCCCAGCUGGAUGCGCUGAUAAGCCGUCGUACGAGCUCCACAAUCCACACCCCUUGGAAUGGCAACACAAUUCUAAAGCACGAACAGAACUUACGCUUCUCUUUGUCUGCGCUGAUCAAUAACGAUGACGUGGUCAAGUCGUUGGUUACUUCUCUGGUACGCUAUGGUAUUGUCUUCAUUGAUGGAGUACCGCCCACGCCCACAAUGACAGAGAUAGCCAUACGUCGCGUAUUCCCCAUCAUGAAAACCAUUUUCGGCGAGCUCUGGACAUUUGGGGAUCGCAAGGAUCAUGCAGAUACGGCCUACACCAAGAUCCACUUGGGACCACAUACAGAUAACACAUUUUUCUGUGAUGGGGCAGGCCUGCAGGCUCUGCACUGCAUCGAGCAUGUAAAUGGGGAGGGUGGUUAUAAUUUCUUUCUGGAUGGCCUGCAUGCCGUUCAGAAACUGAAGCGCGAAAAUCCAAAGGCCUACGAGUUACUGUGCCGUGCGCCCAUUCCAGCUGAGUUCAUAGAACCGGGACAACACCAUCGUCACACGGCACCCAUUAUACAGACCGAUCCUAUUACCGGAGAGCUUGUACGGUUGCGCAUUAAUGUGUACGAUCGGACAACUUUGAACACACUACCCCAAUCGGAAAUGGCAGAGUUUUAUGCCAGCAUGCGUGCUUUGCUGAAGAUCGUCAAUGAUGGGGCUAAUCAGUGGAAGUUUAAACUAAACCCCGGCACCAUUGUAAUGUUCGAUAAUUGGCGUAUGCUGCACGGCCGAUAUGCUUAUACGGGCCAGCGAACCAUGACGGGAGCGUAUAUGCAAAGGACUGAUUUUUUGAGCAAGGCACGAGUUCUGGGCAUCAUCGAAUAGGCAGACCGAAUCGGUUAUGGCUAUUAUUAUUAAAUUUUUUAUGUUCUACAUAGAUAAAUAUUAUU